AUGUCUUCUAGUGCUCGAUCAAACCCCCACCAGCAACAGCACAGCCCGGCGCUUACUAACAGCCCUGGCGGAGCUGGCGGCGGAGUGUCCCUUGCAAACCCUCAGCCACGGGCGCCACAUCUUACAAGCCCCAUUGUUCGCGUGGAGAAUUACAGUCGUGGGGAAUCACCCGCCAGGUCCGACAUUAGUCGAACCAUGAGCAAGAGAAGUCAUGGGAGUCGAAGAUCUGGCACGCAUCUAUCGCCAUAUCCGGUAGACGACUCUUCUGAUGAUGAUAUGGAGGAAGAGCCACCGCCUGCCAGGAAUGUAUCAGUUGCCGCAGAAAGAAGGGAAGAUGGGUCCUGGCUUGCGGAUAACAGCUCUGGUCAGGCUGGACUAAGCCCUGCUGAUCGGGAGACCAUGAAAGAUAUCUACGUACCAACCAUUGAGGAAGUAGCCGAGCAACGUCUUAUAGCAGAGAAAAAGGCUGAGGUUCAAGAGUGGCUUACCAAGAGCGAGGUUGGGAGUGAAGCUGGAGAUAUCGACAACGAUGCCCCAGCAGUCCGAAAAAAACACACCACCAACCGGCGCCGAGCCAAAAGCCAUAACGAUGCUAGUGUGCGUCAGACUCUAGGGUCUUCUCUCGGCCUCGGUGUGCAGACUAUAUUUGAUGACUCUGGAAUCCCGGGACCAGGGGUAUAUGUUGAUGAGCGGAGCGAAAUGGAUGAAGACGAAGAAAAGGAUGAUGAAGACUACGAGCCGGAAUCUCCACCCGCCCAAGUCGAAGUAGCUGGAGCGGAAGCGGAAACAUCGUAUUUUCCGCCUGUCGCACAGAACGAAGUCGCUCCGGAAGCGCCGGUAGGCACUCGGCCCUGGAAUGACGUUCCUUUCCAACCAGAAUCCUCUGGUGAUCGCUAUCAACCUCCUACUUCAAAUGCGGCCAUGAUGCGGUUCCAUCAACGGGCGAAGGAUAUAGAAUCGGCGUCGCUUGCAGCUACCAUUGGCUCACGCCGCGUGAGUGAGUCUGAUCUUGGCAGUCUAUAUGCUGCUGGGGGCGUAUCGAAGCUCAUCGCCUCGGACCUGAACCAAGCGAAACCUAAGGACAAGAGUAGAGACAGACGGCCAAGCUUCUUAGAUAAUAUUCUUCCAAAGCGCACCGUUAGUAACAACGUUUUGAAGCGAAAAGGAAGUCAUCCAACAGCACCACCGCAAGCACCAGACUCCACACUACCCAAAGUGAAGGAGCCUCAACCAUUGUUGGAGAAGCCAAAGAGGAUAGGAAGUUGGGGCCGUCCGAAGUCGCCGAGGCUUGAUACCAGUGUAGCACAAAACACUAGGGAUGUUGGUCCUCCGGGCUCUGGUAAUCUGUCUGCUACGUCGGGCCCGUGGGCGCAUGCCAAGAACGCCAUUAGACGAAGCAGGAGCAGGAGUGACUUAGGCAAAUCACCUGGCCUUGCCGAACUGAUGACACAACACGGUGGACCACCGAUGCUGACACUUGCAUCACCUUUAGCGGACGCCGAAGCAACCAAAAAUUCUCCACUUCCAAGCCCUGGCGGCGACGACGACGAAAACAACAUGGACGACGAAGGUCUAUCAGAAGCGGUCAUUAUGGAUCUCAAAGUCCGUUCGGAUCCCAUAAUACCCACUUACGAAGGUUUCAAAACCCAUGCCAGACAACUUAACCCAAGGCUAGUGGAUUACAUGGUCGAAAGGAUCACGCAGGAGCAGAUGAGGCGGUACAAGCGACUCCUAGAGUUCAAAGUGAAGCAUCUAAAUGCUGUGAAGAGUAAGAAGUGCGCGUCCACGAAAGAGUUCUGUGUGGCUCUCGGUGGGGAGUCGAAAUUGCUGCCUCCUCGGGCGGGCAACAAGGACUCCGAUGCACCUUUCAUUGGAUUCCAGAUCACAGCCCCUGGAGCGUCGGACGAUGAUGGCGAGGCCGCCCCGGAAGGAACCGUCAUCUCUGCGCAGUUCCCACAGGGUGUUCCAUUGCCUCCUGUCAAAAGGCUGCCAGCCGAGUUUGAAUGCCCCCUGUGCUUCAAAGUCAAGAAGUUCUACAAGCCAUCUGAUUGGACGAAACAUGUGCAUGAGGACGUUCAGCCCUUCACUUGUACUUUCCCGAACUGCGGUGAGCCCAAGUCGUUCAAGCGCAAAGCGGAUUGGGUCAGACACGAGAACGAGCGACAUCGACAACUCGAAAACUGGACAUGCUCUGUAGCCGAUUGCAACCACACUUGUUACCGCAAAGACAACUUCGUGCAACAUCUCGUUCGUGAGCACAAGAUUGCUGAGCCACGAGCACGCACAGGUCGGUCGGGAAACAGUACAGCGCGUGACACAUCUGCACAUCCGGACAACGCCUGGUCAGGCGGCUUUCUUAGUGGAAGUCAGACUUCGAAGGACCCUUCGGACGAUGUCUGGGCUCUAGUAGAGAAGUGUCGUCAGGACACUACGAAACAGCCUAAGGAUGAGCCUUGCAGAUUCUGCGGUAAUAUCCUCAACAGUUGGAAGAAGUUGACAGUGCAUCUGGCGAAGCACAUGGAACAGAUCAGCAUGCCGAUUCUCCCUCUUGUGGAGCAGAAGCAUCUCAAUGCAGAUACCAUCAUUAGCCCGGUCGUAGAGAUGCCCGAGCAUGCUAGAAACCAGAUUCCUACACCGAUCAGAUCGCCCAACGACAAUCCGUCCAGGUACAAUCCGGGCUCUGCGAUGCCACAACUUGGUGCUGGAUUCGACGCAGCAACCUACGCGCAAUACUCGUCAGAUGUUUCCCAAUCUAGUCUCACGGCUCCGGUCAUGCACUCGUAUCCACCGCCACAAUUUGCGUACCGUGGCCAACAACAGUCACAGAACCCAUCGUUCAGCUUUCCCAUUGACCAAACGCAGAGCUUUGCUGUGCGCUCGUACCCGGGGCUGCUUGACACCAGGCAACGCAGCCCUCAGGGCAAUGGAGCACAGUCAUCGAACCAAGCAUACCGUGGGAACAUGCAAAAUAGCGCUGCGCAAUAUGCCCCAAUCACUCCGGUUUCAGCAACAUAUGGACAACCACAGGUGUUCUCCUCCCCGGUUGACACAACGCCAUAUUCCAAUGACAUACCGUCAGCGUACUUUACAAAUGAGCCACAGAGCAUUCCCGCAGCACCUCCAGUUGGUUUGAAUGGUGAUGCCCGUCUUGGGUAUGACCAGAGCAGCGGUGUUCCAUACUCGUCGGCAGGGUACCAGCAAAUGCCUCAGUACAUGCAGCAGCAGCAACAAAACUAUCCCUACCAGGGGCAAUGA